AUGGGGAGCUUUGAGGAGGGCGAGAAGCGCCAGAGCGUCUCCCACGGAGAAGCCGCCGUCAUCCGCGCCCCCCGCAUUGCCAGCUUCCCGCGGCCGCAGGUGACCUGGUUCCGGGACGGCCGCAAGAUCCCGCCCAGCAGCCGCAUAGCCAUCACCCUGGAGAACACCCUGGUCAUCCUGUCCACGGUGGCUCCGGACGCUGGCCGCUACUACGUGCAGGCUGUGAACGACAAGAACGGGGACAACAAGACCAGCCAGCCCAUCACUCUGGCUGUGGAGAAUGUAGGGGGGCCUGCAGACCCCAUCGCCCCAACCAUCAUCAUUCCUCCCAAGAACACCAGCGUGGUGGCCGGGACCUCGGAGGUGACCAUGGAGUGCGUGGCCAAUGCCAGGCCCCUGAUCAAGCUGCACAUCCUUUGGAAGAAGGAUGGGGUGCUGCUGUCAGGCGGUAUCAGCGACUACAACCGCCGGCUCACCAUCCCCAACCCCACGGGCAGCGACGCCGGCUUCUACGAGUGCGAGGCCGUGCUGCGCAGCAGCAGCGUCCCCUCCGUCGUCCGUGGAGCCUACCUGUCUGUGCUGGAACCACCUCAGUUUGUCAAGGAGCCCGAGAGACACAUCACAGCAGAGAUGGAGAAAGUGGUGGACAUUCCCUGUCGAGCCAAAGGCAUCGCCCCCAACAUCACCAGGGGCCCCCUGGACAGCACGGUGAUUGACGGCAUGUCCGUGGUGCUGGUCUGCGAGACGUCGGGGGCCCCGAGGCCGGCCAUCACCUGGUACGUGUGGGAGAAGGACGGGGCCGCCCUGGGCGUGGAGAACAACCCCCGUGUCCGCCUGGACAAGAACGGCUCCCUGCACAUCACCCAGACGUGGUCGGGGGACAUCGGCACCUACACCUGCCGGGUGCUCUCCGCCGGAGGCAACGACUCGCGCAGCGCCCACCUGCGGGUCAGGCAGCUGCCUCACGCGCCCGAGCACCCAGUGGCCACGCUGAGCACCUCCGAGAGGCGGGCCAUCAACCUGACCUGGGCCAAGCCCUUCGACGGCAACAGUCCCCUGAUCCGCUACGUCCUGGAGAUGUCGGAGAACAACGCCCCCUGGGCCGUGCUCCUGGCCAGUGUGGACCCUGAGGCUACCUCGGUGGUGGUCAAGGGCUUGGUCCCCGCACGCUCCUACCAGUUCCGCCUCUGCGCCGUCAACGACGUGGGGAAAGGCCAGUUCAGCAAGGACACGGAGAGGGUCUCGCUCCCCGAGGAGCCCCCCACCGCCCCUCCGCAGAACGUCAUCGCCAGCGGCCGGACCAACCAGUCCAUCAUGAUCCAGUGGCAGCCGCCCCCGGAGAACCACCAGAACGGCCUCCUCAAGGGCUACAUCAUCAGGUACUGCCUGGCCGGGCUGCCUGUCGGGUACCAGUUCAAGAACAUCACGGAUGCUGACGUCAACAACCUGCUGCUGGAGGACCUCAUCAUCUGGACCAACUACGAGAUCGAGGUGGCCGCCUACAACAGCGCCGGGCUGGGCGUCUACAGUGGCAAAGUCACCGAGUGGACGCUGCAGGGAGUCCCCACGGUCCCUCCGGGCAACGUGCACGCAGAAGCCACCAAUUCCACGACCAUCCGCUUCACCUGGAACGCCCCCAGCCCCCAGUUCAUCAACGGCAUCAACCAGGGCUACAAGCUGAUCGCCUGGGAGCCGGAGCAGGAAGAGGAGGUUACCAUGGUGACUGCCCGACCCAACUUUCAAGACAGCAUCCACGUGGGCUUCGUGUCGGGCCUGAAGAAGUUCACGGAGUACUUCACGUCCGUGCUGUGCUUCACCACCCCCGGGGACGGGCCCCGCAGCAGCCCGCAGCUGGUGCGCACCCUGGAGGAUGUGCCUGGGCCUGUGGGGCACCUGAGCUUCAGUGACAUCCUGGACACCUCGCUGAAGGUCAGCUGGCAAGAGCCGGGGGAGAAGAACGGCAUCCUCACAGGGUACCGGAUCUCCUGGGAGGAGUACAACCGCACCAACACACGCGUGACACACUACCUGCCCAACGUGACCCUGGAAUACCGCGUGACGGGCCUCACCGCACUUACCACCUACACCAUCGAGGUGGCCGCCAUGACCGCCAAGGGCCAGGGCCAGGUGUCUGCCUCCACCAUCUCCUCCGGGGUGCCUCCAGAACUCCCAGGCGCCCCCACCAACCUGGGCAUUUCCAACAUCGGUCCCCGCUCCGUGACCUUGCAGUUCAAGCCUGGUUACGACGGGAAAACCUCCAUCUCCCGCUGGCUGGUGGAGGCCCAGAUGGGCAAACACGCCCAAAAUGGUCCCAACUCUGUCUCACCUCCACCUGUCCACCGGGGCACACAAAUGCACACCAGGCCCCUCAGGCCUGGGCAGGGACUGGCUGGCCUAGAAAAGUAA